AUGACUGCAGCGAGGCCUUACGAGCCAGAAACGCAGCCCAUCGGCCGAAAGACUCGGCCGCCGGUGCGGCUGCCGCAGCCGCUGGAGGUGCCCAACCGAGACCCGGACACUUGCAUCUUGUCACAGCUUGUGACGCCGCCAGAGGAUCGGGAAGAGGUGCGGGAAAGACAAUGGCAGUGGGCUCGGCCGCAAGUGGAGGGCGAGGGCCCCUGCGCAAGAGGAGGGCACACAGCGACGCUGGUGGGCCCCACUGAUCCCCAGAAGCCUUCUGCGCGGAUUAUCAUCUUCGGCGGCCACUAUGACGGUGGGUCCAACGUGGGCUUCGUGUACCUCAACGACACCCAUGUCUUAGACAUUGACGAGAACAUUUGGACGGUCCCGCGCUGCCGGGGCACCGCGCCGGAGCCCCGCUACGGGCACGCGGCGGCGCUGGUGGGGAGCCGAGUGGUGUACUUUGGCGGCAAGGGCAAGACUGGGUGUUUUCGGGAUCUCCAUGCGCUGGACACUAGCAAUCACACCUGGUUCCAGGGGCCCAGCUCGGGCGGAGCGCCUUCGGCCCGCCACGGGCACACGGCCAACCUGCACGGUACUCGGCUCUACGUCUUCGGGGGCACCUGCAGCGGCAAGUACUUCGGGGACCUUCACUGUUUGGACCUUGCGUCUAUGGCCUGGUCCUGCCCGCCGGCGACAGGUCCCUCAUCAUCCACGGCGGCUUCUGCAUGGAGUCUCCAGACAUCGCCACCAAGGAGCUGGAGAGCAUAG